AGCGAGAGAAACAUCUGCUGAGAGCCAGGCAGGGCAUGGGCCAGGUCUUUCACUGAGCUAGGAGUUUCCCCAGGGAAGAGAGGGCUGCGCAGUCCCCAAGGCUGACAUUUUACAGCCUUUGUGGAAAAUUCCAGCCCUACUUAAUCUCCUGGGGCUCCUGUAAGAUCGUGACACAGAGAAAGAGACCAAACAGGAAAGAAUUAGAGGAAAAAUGCCUCUCUUCUGGCAGGCACCAUGGCUGUGCCAGGAGUUAGCAGCAGCAGUUGCGGAGCAGCCAGCCCUGCCUCCCCCUCCUCCGGCCGCCUCUAUAAACACGCAGGGCUUACUCAGAAGAUUAGAAGGGAACAGGGCAAAAGACAACAGAGUCUCUUUUGUAAUGAGGAAGGAUUAUGGCAUCAAGUGACCGGCUGCAGCUCCCAAGUGGGUUUCAGGCUCCUUAGCACACCGUGUCUGUCAGGUUCAAUCCCCCCAUGAGCCAAGGGGGCACGAGGAGGCGGGCUGUGGCGUGGGCCACAAAGGACCCAGCAAGGACACGUGCGGGACCAAACCUCCACAGCCUCCAGCACAGCUCAGGACCCCAUGACUGAUCUGUGAUGACAGUGACAUACACCAACCGCGUAGCUGACGCCCGCCUAGGCACCUUCUCACAGCUCCUGCUCCAAUGGAAAGGAAGUAUCUACAAACUUCUCUACUCUGAGUUCCUUAUUUUUAUCUCUCUCUACUUCACCAUCAGUCUUGUCUACAGGCUGAUCCUAAGUGAGAGCCAAAGGCUGAUGUUCGAGAAGCUGGCGCUUUACUGCAACAGCUAUGCUGAGCUAAUCCCCGUGUCCUUUGUGCUGGGUUUCUACGUGGCUCUGGUGGUGUCCCGCUGGUGGGCUCAGUAUGAGAGCAUCCCAUGGCCUGACCGGAUCAUGAACUUGGUCUCCUGCAACGUAGAUGGGGAGGACGAAUACGGGCGGCUCCUGCGUCGCACCCUCAUGCGCUACAGCAACCUGUGCAGCGUGCUGAUCUUGCGCUCAGUCAGCACUGCUGUCUACAAGCGCUUCCCCAGCAUGGAGCAUGUCGUGAGGGCAGGCCUCAUGACACCAGAAGAGCACAAGAAGUUUGAGAGCUUGAAUUCCCCCCACAACAAGUUUUGGAUCCCGUGUGUGUGGUUCUCCAAUCUGGCCGUGAAGGCAAGGAACGAGGGAAGGAUCCGGGACAGCGUGCUGCUCCAAGGCAUCCUGAAUGAGCUCAACACCUUGCGCAGCCAGUGCGGGCGACUCUAUGGGUAUGACUGGAUCAGCAUCCCCCUGGUCUACACUCAGGUGGUGACCGUGGCUGUUUACAGCUUCUUCCUGGCCUGUCUGAUCGGGCGGCAGUUCCUGGAUCCCGAAAAAGCAUAUCCUGGCCAUGAACUAGACCUCUUCGUGCCUGUCUUUACGUUUUUGCAGUUCUUCUUCUAUGCUGGCUGGUUAAAGGUGGCCGAGCAACUCAUCAACCCUUUUGGUGAGGACGAUGAUGACUUUGAAACCAACUGGCUCAUCGACAGGAACCUGCAGGUCUCCCUUAUGGCAGUGGAUGAGAUGCAUCAGGAUUUACCCAUUCUGGAGAAGGACCUGUACUGGAAUGAGCCCGAUCCCCAGCCACCCUACACGGCAGCCACUGCUGAGUACAAGCGCCCAUCGUUCCUUGGCUCAACUUUUGAUAUCAGCAUGCAGAAAGAAGAGAUGGAGUUCCAGCCCUUGGAGCAAAUUAAAGAGAAUGAGGAGGCCAACCACUCUACACCGUUACUGGGACACCUGGGCCGCCUCCUUGGCGUCCAGUCACCGAGUUUCUCCAGGUCCUCUUCCCGGAUGAACCUGCUGCGCAGACGAGGAGACCCCACAUCCCCCUUCUCCCAUUAUACAUACCAAGACGUGGGCAAGUCUGCAAGCCCUUGCAGCAUCAAUCAGCCAAGGGGAGACUCCAGCUCACAGGAGCAGUGGGACAGCGAAGAUGGAAAACUAAGGGAGUUUGACGCCUUCAUGUCAACCCCAUUUUAUGAGAGACCUGGUUUCUACAGUGCUCCACAGACACCGAUCAGCUCUAUCCCCAUGAUUUUCCCUUCUAGACGCCAAGGCCGCAAGAAGCCUCCUGCACUCUCCAGCAUCGCUGCAUGCUCAACUUCUCUUCGGGACGUCAUUGUCAACUCCUCACCUUCCAGGGUCAGCGAUACGUAUAAGAGCCAGAGCUCCCUUGGUUCAGGUGCAAAGGAAACAUUUAUUUGGCCAACAGAUCGGAGCAAAGGUCCUGACUCACUGGUUGCAACAGCAGAAGAAGAAAAGAGCAACUCUAACAGUAAAAUCAGAGAAGCUACCACCACAGGAAGUCCGGGAGCUCAGUCCACAGCAUCACAGAGCCCUAAAUUCCCCUUCUUAGCAGAGUCCCCAGACCACGAGAAGCAGGGUAGCUUCAAGAGUCUGAAGAGCUCGAAAGCUUCCCACCCACCCUGGCUAACCCUGGAGAACACGGCAUCAGCCACUCCCAAUUCUGAGCAUUCAAGCGCGUUUCACACCCCCAGUAACAAAACCCCCGGAGGCAGUGCCUCCCUCUGCUUCUCAUUCACUCCUGUAACAUCUCCAGCGCUGGAGAGAUCCCACAUGGGGAACACGGGCCCUGAUGCUCGCAGCCUAAGUUUAGAAGAUGCAGCCAGCGCUCCAGACCAGCAUCCAGCAGAAGUUUCCAGGAUCACGAGAGAGACUGAAAAUGGAAGCACCAAUACUCCCCCUACAAAAGAGCCAAGAAGAGCAGAGAGUCCAUCCCCCAAUGACUCUGGCAUCUCUCUAGCCGAAGGUGACUACGUGGGGCUGAUGGAGGUGAUCAUGGAGACCAGUGAAAGCACAUGUGAAGAGCAGAUAGAGCAGUACAGCUAGAGGAGACCGAGGCAUAUGCAGUUCUGUUGAGAUACCUGCCAUAUUAGUGAUAUUGCAGUGUCUUUACACCUGGCCACGCCAGCACUCACCCAAACAGAAGGGCAGCGCAGCCAAACCACCUAGGGCUGCAACAUGCAGCUAGAGCCCAGCCUAGGCUAAAGCCAGCGCUAAUGACACACUGCUACUGGCCCCAGGUACAGUAGCAGGCACAACUUCAGUGUUGCCGUAAUAACAAAACCCCCUCUGCAUUUGUAGCAGAAGAACAAGACUUUGAGGGUUGAGCAUUGCAGACACCUAACAGCAGAGCAAUAGCUCAGCAGGUAGCAGCCUCAAGAGGCUGGAGUGCAGGCACAGCCCAAACCAGAAGAGGAAUAUAGUUAAUCAGGAUACCAACCCCCUCCUCAUCACAGCAAGAAUCGAAACUUGAGCUUCCCGUUCCCCACAUUUGUCACAAAACCCAUCACAAGUCUCAGGCAGGACUUGCACUACUGACAAGAUACUCCAGGGAAAGUAAGGGACUGAAGCAAGUCACAUCAUUUGUGAUGCAGACCCACAGUGCUUCUUGGAAGUCAGGUCUAGCUGGUGUUUUCCAGUACUGGAAAAGUAAUGGGAUAAGGCAGGGCAAGUGCCCACUGGAACAGGUGGCUGCAGCCAACAGUAUUUGCCCAGCACAUUGCUUCCUUUUGAAGUUCCACUCACAUCUGCCACUGAUUUGACAGUGCUCAGAGAAGCAGCCAUCUGGAUGUUAGCAGACACCAUACAGCUAUGAGUUUUUACUGUCUUCCCUAAGAAAAUAAAAGGCUGAAGUCCAGGA